UAAUCUCUGUUCUUUCUUUCCCUCUUCAGAAAUACUUUCCCUGUGCCACGUUCCACUCAUACUAUCUCAAGGGUAUUCUAGUAAAUUACAGUAUCUGAAAACACACAACAAAUCUGAAAGCUGGAAUUGUCACUCUGUUCACUCCUCAUUGGCUGCACCUCCACAGCAACAAAAUCCAAUGCUAUUUUAUAUUCAUUUUCAUUCUUUUUUUAUCUUCAACCUUCCUAUAGAGGUUUCUUCAUUUCUUCACCACCACUCUCAUCACUACACGCAACAUUAAACCAAUUUUUUUUUGUUGCAAUAGUUCGGUGCUAAAAUACAAAGAGGAAAAAAAAAUGGAGUCAGAUCUUCAGCAGCAUCCAACUAUGUUUCUAGAUCAUCAAAAUCAUCAUCAACAACAGAUGAAUUCAGGGUUAACAAGGUUUAAAUCUGCACCAAGUUCUUAUUUUUCGAAUAUUAUUGAUAAAGAAUUCUAUGAGCAUCUUUUCAAUAGACCUUCAAGUCCUGAAACAGAAAGAGUUUUUGCACGGUUUAUGAAUAGUCUUAGUGGUAGUGGAAGUGGCGGUGGUGGUGAUGCUGAAAGUGUUUCUGUUUCUGCUACUGCUUCUGUUGCUGUUGUAGAUGAUUCACUGACUCAGAAUCUAUCAAGUGUUCAACAACAACUUCCUAUAGUGAAGGAAGAGAUUGAUCAACAAUCUCAAACUAUGUCAUCAAUGAAUAAUAAUAAUAAUAAUAAUAAUAAUAAUAAUGAAACUAUGGAUCUCCAACAGCUUCAAAGAACACAAAGUAAUAUGAAUAGUUAUGGUUCUAAUGUUCCUCAAAAUUUUUACCAAAGUUCUGGAAGACCACCUUUGCCAAAUCAAAUGAAGACUGGUAGAGCUAAUCUUAUUAGACAUGGUAGUUCACCUGCUGGAUUGUUUUCAAACAUUAACAUUGAAACUGGAUUUAAUGCUAUGAGAGGCAUAGGAUCUAUGGGAGCUGCUAAUAGUACUAGCAAAGAAGCAAAGUUUUCUUCUGCAGUAAGGUUAAAGAAUGCUUCCAACUACACCUCAGUGUUAGGAGCUGAAAUUGGGAAUAGUAGCAUUCCACAAAAUAAUCCUGAACCUGAAGGUUUUGCCGAAACCCGGGGUAACGAUUUUAUCCCGGGUUUCCCCUUAGGUACUACAUGGGAAGAUACUGCAAUGAUAGCUGACAAUAUUACCGGUCUAAAAAGAUUCCGAGAUGAUGAUGAUGUAAAACCAUUUUCUGCAGGUUUAAAUCCAGCUGAAACUAAGAAUGAAACAGGAGGCCAGCCUCCUACUACUCCUUUGGCUCAUCAGAUGAGUUUGCCGAAUACUACGGCGGAGUUAGCAGCCAUUGAGAAGUUUUUGCAGUUCUCGGAUUCUGUUCCGUGCAAAAUUCGCGCCAAACGCGGCUGCGCCACUCACCCGAGAAGCAUUGCAGAAAGGGUUAGAAGAACUAAAAUUAGUGAACGAAUGAGGAAACUACAAGAUCUUGUGCCAAACAUGGAUAAGCAAACAAACACAUCAGAUAUGUUGGACUUGGCUGUUGAGUACAUUAAAGACCUACAAAAUCAAGUUGAGACUCUAUCAGACAAUCGAGCUAAGUGCACAUGUUCACACAAGCGAUAAGGGAAAAGAAGGAAAUGAUGAUAAAAUAAUCAAAGUUUUUUGUACAGAUUUUGUUGUAAUAAUUUGGUCUAGAAAUUAAAGCAGCUUAAUUUUCUAAUAUAAUAAUAUUUUGUUAUUGUUAUUAUUAUGUAGCCACUUUUUCUAUGGUUUGUUAGGAAAUGUGGUAAGGGAAUGCGCUCAUAAAAGUUGACUUUUAUAAGAUCAUAUAUAAUUUGUUGAUG